UCGCCAACUCGGUGUUUGUUUUUUAGUUUUUAGUUUUAUGUUUACGUUUCAAAGUUUCAUUAUUCGUUCUCUACGCUGACGCUUCUGUGAUUUAUUCAAUAAUUGUAAACAAUAAUUAAUCCCGUGGAUUGUUUAAGUAAUAAGUAUAAUAAUACUACACGACUUGGACUUUUUGUCAACCUUAAAUCUAUCUGUCUUUAAUUUUUUUUAUUUUAUUGCUGAUUAAUUAUUAAUUUUAACACUAGUCGUAUCUAAUUUGUUAUUUUAUUUGGCGUUUACUACAAGACAUUUAACUGUACGAUAUUUGUUCGAAUCCACUGAAGAUAGUUUGUACGACUUGUUAACAUGAGGGAACCUGAACAUUUACGUAAAUUAUUUGUUGGCGGAUUAGACUACAAAACUACUGAUGAAAACCUUAAAAAAUAUUUUGAACAAUGGGGUGAAAUUAUGGAUGUUGUUGUUAUGAAAGAUCCACAGACUAAACGAUCAAGAGGAUUUGGUUUUAUAACUUAUGCUGCUGCUCAUAUGGUUGAUGAUGCACAAGGUGCACGUCCUCAUAAGAUAGAUGGUCGAACAGUAGAACCUAAAAGAGCUGUUCCAAAAACUGAUAUUGGAAAACCUGAAGCCGGAGCAACGGUAAAAAAAUUGUUUGUUGGUCUAUUAAAUGACAGUAUUACUGAAGAAGAUUUAAAAGAAUAUUUUUCUCCGUAUGGUAAUGUUACUUCUGCUGCCCUAGUUGUUCAUAAAGAAACAGGCAAAAAACGAGGAUUUGGUUUUGUCGAAUUUGAUGAUUAUGAUCCUGUUGAUAAAAUAUGUUUAAAAGGAUCGCAUAUAAUAAAAGGAAAAAAAAUUGAUGUAAAAAAAGCAUUGAGUAAAGAAGAAAUGGCUAGAGUAAAUGCUAGAAAUAACAGUAAUUCUGGAGAUAAUUGGGGUAGUGAUAAUCGAAGUGCCUGGGAACCAACAAUGAGGAAUUUUGGAAUCAGUGGAAGAGGUGGAGGAUGGAGAAGUGGUAAUGAUCCUGAUCCGUGGGAAUCAGGCCCAAGUUCUCGAGGAGGUAAUUGGGGAGGCCCUUCAACUAGUGCUUGGGAUAAUAGUUUCAAUGAUGGCUAUCAACAAAGUUUUGGUGCUGGACCUAUAAGAGGAAGUAAUGGCCCUAUGCGAGGAGGUGGAGCUGCUAGACCAGGACCCUACAAUAGUGGUUUUGACAGUGGAUACAAUGACUACAGUAGUGGAUUUAGUGGCAGUAAUUUUGCCAGUGGUGAAGGAAGUAGUUUUGGUGGAAGAGGAAGAGGAGGUGUUCGUGGAAGAGGAGGUGGCCCAGUAAGAGGAAUAUCUGGAAGAGGUCCUGGAAAUCCAAGUCGUGGUGGCAACAGAGGUACUUUUGGACGAGGUGGAAGAGGAAGAUACUAGCUAUGUUAAAAAAAGUAUGAGCUGACCCAAAAUGUUACAUAAGGGGUUUGGGUCAGGAGAAUUCCAACCCGCAGAAAUUUAAACUUGUGCAGGCCAUCAGGAAUCUUUUUUAAAUUUUUUAUUCCUCAGUUUAUAUUGACAAAAAUGAAAGGCAUUUAGGCUUAAAGAUUUGUGUGUAAUUUUUUUUCUAUUUCAUAUAUGUUUUGAUUACAACAUUUUAGUGCGAGUGAUAAUUAUUCUUAAAAAGUAGUAAAGAUAAAAAGUCAGUAUUAUUCAGAACUGUAAGCAAAUUUUCCAAAUUAAAGAGUAUGUAGUAAGUUAGGUUUAAAUAAUAAAAAGAUAGGUUUAGAUGACAUCCACAAAUUACAUUAGAAUAUAGAUAGUAUUAACAAUUAAUUAUACAUAUAC